AGCGACGGAAAGGCGCACCAUUGCCCGGCUUCUAUUCCGGUGUACGAUACGGCUCAUAUAGGGCUCGUACAGCGAACCACGGCAACAACCGGCGCACGAUACACGCGGACCGGGCAAUCGCUUUGGUUCGACCUCUUUGUGGCUACGUGGGAGGAAUAGGAAGUCGUGCAUUAAAUCCGAACCUCCACCUUUCAACGCUUAAACGCUUCUCAAAUAGAAUGUACAGGAUACCGGCGCGAACCGGCACGCUCUGCGCACAAAAGCGAGAUCGUGAUUGCGCUCAUUUUUCAGUUAACACACCGAGGAAUUCUCCUUCUUUCUCGUUAGCCUCAUUCCGCUCGAGUUGCUUCGAAACUAGCCGUUCGUUCGAUCGAAACAGACCGCGCGUUAGAAAAGAAAGCAGCAACCCUUUGGAAAUUUCAGCAGUGGAGUGUGGCUGCGCGACGAAACGAUCGAGGCGUGGCUGCGACGUCCGAUAACGAUCCGGGUUACUGCUGAUAAUACGUAUCGCUAUAAGAUAUAUAAGGAUACACCGAACCAAAGUUCUCGCGGCUUGUUCGAGUUGUUCGAGUAACGCGCCGACGCGCGUUUGAUCCAAUUGAAUCGGUAUCGGUGAAUAGGUGAAAAUUAAAGAACCGACGAUAUGAGAAACUCAACGUUAUUGAAAUGGGCGCAGAACUCGGCCAACAGUAAAAAUCAAACCAGCAAGAAUGGAACGAAUAGGAAUUGGAUACACCCACCAGAUGCGCUCCAAAAAGGCCACAUCGCCUACUUAGUCAAGUAUCUGGGCAGCACAGAAGUGGAUCAGCCUAAAGGCAUCGAGGUUGUUAAAGAAGCUAUUUGUAAACUCAAGUUUAAUCAACAGUUGAGGAAAAGCGAAGGGACGAAAACACCUAAGGUGGAACUGACCAUAAGCAUCGACGGAGUUGCAAUUCAGGAACCGAAAACGAAAACAUCGGCAAAACGAAUUAUGCACCAAUAUCCACUACAUAGAAUAUCGUACUGUGCUGAUGAUAAAGGCGAGAAAAAGUUCUUCAGCUUUAUCGCGAAAGAGGAAGACGCCGAGAGGCAUACGUGCUUCGUCUUCGUUAGCGAUAAAUUAGCUGAAGAGAUCACGUUGACGAUUGGCCAAGCCUUUGACUUGGCCUACAGGCGGUUCUUAGAAACAUCGGGCAAAGAUUUGGAAACGCAAAGGCGCUGCAUGGUACUGCAGCAAAAGAUAAAACGAUUGGAACACGAGAAUAACGUAUAUCGCCAGCGGUUACAGGACAUAGCUGCUAUCAAAGGAUCGGCUGAUGUGUCAGCAUACUUGUCGCAACACAAUCUUCCGGAUAUUCUGCACGUGCCUGGCGCCACGAACGAAACAACGCAUGUAAAUGGAUUGGCAAAUAAAUCUUCCCUUGGUAAUAUAAACGACAGUAAUGGGAAUACCUCGAAUGGAUCGCAGCAACCACCUCCGGUUCCUCCAAGGAGUUUCGAGAAAACGUUCGACGAUAACUUUAUGGGGAGCGAACCUACGCCAACACCGUCGGUUGGUACCAAAUUGGAAGGGCUGUUGAUGGACGAAUUCGAGGAGGAUUUCAACCCGAGGGCAUACGAAACUGCAACAGCAAAUGGUUUGACAAAUCAUCAAUCCAGUCACAACAAUCUUCUAAAUGGUCAAGUGUCCUCCAACUCCAACUUUUUCUCACAAAGCAAUGGCACUACAAGUCCUCCGCCAUUAUUGGCCCCUCCACCGAAAGCGAAGGAUUCCAGACGUCAAAAUGGGCUGAAAGAAGAUUUAUUUGGUAGUAUUCCCUUCAAUCCCACACCAUCCGUUAACGCAAAAAAUGAAUUCAAUGAUCCAUUUGAAAUGGGCGAAUUCGGAGCUACAACGGCGAUUUCUAAUCCUAGCCAACAAGAAUUAGAAAAUGCGAUUGGUCUUUUAGAUAAGAAGCUGCUCGAAAUGAAGGAUGGUUUUAGUAGAGGUCUGUCGAUCGAUACUGAUGACUUUUCGUUGGAAAGUUUGGAUCCGUUGCGAAAUUGAAUCAAAUCGAGAGUUCUUUUGGAAAGAAGAAGGCAAUUCGUUCGUUAUCGUAUGUUCGUUCGAAAGCUUGAAGGUCCGGGAAAUGAAUAGGCAAAUUAGGAACAUACAUCUUUGCGAAACCAAAAUUAGUCAAUUACUAUUAUAAUUAUGUUAAUCAUAUAUUUAUCGUAAUAUUUGAUAUUUAUCAUAUGCCUACUGAAUAUCAAUAGUAGCUUUAGUCUCGACGCCAAACACUGCAGAGACUUUGUUGUUAGGCAUAGGAAAAGCAUAGGAAAACAAAUGGUAUUAUAGAUACUCGUAUAAUAUCUUUAUAUAUACAUAUAUAUUAAUACUGUUUGUUUCUUUUCUUUUUUUUUUUUUUUU